UUGGUGACCCGACUGUCCCAAGUCGAACCGUGGCGUGUCUCCGUCAUGUAAGCACAGGUAACCGGCUUCUUCUUCACUUCACCCGGGUGAGGCUCUGCUCCCUCCCCGCCUCCAUCGCGACAGACAUGUCGGUCGAUCCCCUUUUUACCUUCGGCGUGAUCGCUGACAUCCAGUACGCCGAUCUGGACGACGGCUUUAACUUCGCCCGCACACGGAAGCGCUAUUACCGCAAUAGCCUGCAACUGCUCCGGAAUGCCCGGGAGCAUUGGUCCGGAGCAGCGGUUCAGCCUGAGUUUGUGCUCCAGCUGGGGGACAUCAUCGACGGAUUCAACGCUCAGCACCACGCUUCCCGCAGCGCUCUGGACACGGUGCUGAGAGAGUUCGGCUCCAGCCCCGUGGAGGUGCACCAUGUGUGGGGCAACCACGAGUUCUAUAACUUUACCAGAGGAGAACUGUUGUGCUCUGAGCUGAACAGUACCCUGCACGUUCGGAGGAGGUUGGGGGUGUCCCGGCCUGGAGGAGACAUCUACGCCUACAGCUUCAACCCUUACCCAGGCUUCUGCUUUAUCGUGCUGGAUGCGUAUGACGUGAGCCUGUUGGGGCUGGACCAGGACUCAGAGCAGUACCAGAGAGCCCUUAGUCUGAUCCAGAAAUACAACUGCAACCAAGACCUCAACCAACCUCCCUCUCCGAGUGAGUUUUCUGUUCUCAGAGCACAACAGUUUAGCAUUCUGCAACCCAUAGAUAAGAUCAGUCUGUCUUUAUGUUAAAGAAUUUGGAUAGUUGCCAUAGCAAUUAACAAUUCAGAAAAUCUUUUGAAUGGUAAAUAGCCCUCAAAUAUCCCCUAUAAACUGGAAUCUGAAACCCAUCAGUUGGGUGCAUUCACUUUCGAUUCGUUUGAUGACAUAUUUCAGGUAGCGUGCAGAAGCCUAUAUAAGUAAUGGGGAUUAUUGUUAAAAGAAAUCUUUAACAUGUUUAACAUGACAUGAUACACAAAGGAUUCAGCAAUGUGGCAUAGUAAGUUUGGUAUAAAUAAUUAAAUAAAAGAAACUGUUACUUAUUAGCUUGACCUGCAGCUACACGGCUCUUUGUUUUUGGGAGCUGUUACGACAGCUCCCACUGUGCACUGUGUUUUUAUAAGUCUUUAUUUAUAUAGCGCUUUUCACAGACAUAUGUCACAAAGACGCUUUACAGAGCAUUUUUUAUAGAUUCAUUAUUCUUUUUUCUCCACACCCAGUGAUGGUAAGCUAUUAUUGUAGCCACAGCUGCCCUGGGGCAGACUGACAGAAGCACAGGUGCCAUGCCAAUCUGCGCCAUCGGCCCCUUCAACCACCACAAUCACUCACGCACACACCACUUUCAUACUAGGCAAUGUGGGUGAAGUGUCUUGCCUAAGGACACAACAACAGUUUUUGUGACUGGUGUCCCACUGUGGCACCUGAUUUUCCCAGUGGUCUCCCAUCCAAGUACUGACCAGGCCCGACCUUGCUUAGCUUCUGAGAUCUGACGGGAUCAGGCUUUGACAAGCCGGUAUGGCUUGUUAUAAUGUGGAAGUCAGCGACUUUGUUUCUUUUAAGUCAUUUUAGAUGAAUAUUGUGAUUUAAAAUGAGCAAUUAUAAACCUGAAAUACCAACUGUUGAACAGUGGAUA